UUUUACGAUAACCCUGUUUUCGGUGCGCUAAAAUGAGGUGUUAUCUUCGUGAUGUGCUUGUGUUUAAAGACUGAUGGAAAAUCGAUGUACAACAAAAACAUGGUUUAGGAUCGAUUUGUGACUAAAAUAUCUCAGUAUCAGCUCAACUAUCAAUGUGGACGGACGUGCUCUGAGAAAGAAGCGAGAGAGAAAAAUAAACAGUGAAAAUGGAUAAGGACAACAAAAUGGAAAGGUUGAAAAACCGCCUAAUUAGGAUACAAGGGAAGAUCCAAGACAGAAUGGAAGAUUUUCAAGACCAAGUCCAAAACAAAUACGAGAAGUCAAAGAUAUCGAAAUUCAUAUCUCACAUAUCAGAAGACCGGAGUUCUAUUGAAGGAGACUCGAAUGAAGAUAAAACCACAGAUGGUGAUAAUAUCUCCACAGAAUCCGGUAAAAUAGCAGUAAGUGAUAGUAGAAGAACCAGCAUUAUUCCCUCUGUGGUGGUUGAUGAGCCAGAAGAUAGCAAUAAGCAGAUUUGUGAGGACUUUAUAAGUGUAGAAAGAGAUGGAGUUUUGUGCAAAAGAAGGAGCUUGUCUACUUCGGAUCUAGCAUUUGAUGACAACAGUGAUAGCACGAGUGAAUCCUGUGUUUCUUGCUUGUCUUCUAGUGAUGAAAGAGCGAUAGAACCUCGUCCCAGAGCUGGGAGUCUACCUCCAGGAGCGAAUCUGGAGCUUCCAUCAGCGUUUUCCACGUACACCGACAUCAUUGAGAGAAUCGGCCACAGGUUCCCUAACUUGAAGAGCAAGAGCGACAGAUUUCAUAGGUACCUCCUCAAGAACACGCGGCUGAGCGACGUGAACAAACGGCUGAAGGCUCAAAUCUGGAGCUCCGUCGUCACCAUCGUGCUGGUGGAAGCGAAGAAUCUGCCUGCUAUGGAUAUUGACACUAGAUCCAGCGACCCGUACUGCAAGUUUAGGUUAGGCAACGAAAAAUACAAGAGCAAGGUGGUGUGGAAGACUCUCCAUCCGUCCUGGUUGGAGCAGUUCGACCUUCACCUGUACGAUGACCAGGAACAGAUAUUGGAGGUCACCGUUUGGGAUAAGGACAAGCAGACGAAAGACGACUACAUUGGAAGGUGCACAAUAGACCUAUCAAAAUUAGAGAGAGAAAUAACACACAACAUUUGGCAGGACUUGGAAGAUGGAAAUGGUCAGAUAUUUCUUUUGUUAACGAUAAGUGGGACCACUCAGUCGGAAACUAUUACAGAUUUGGCGAGCUAUAGAGAAAAUCCGAGAGACAUAGAAAUAAUUGAAAGGAGAUACGCGUGGCAUCGCUUAAAUGAAAAUUCUAGCGGAGUUGGCUGGCUUUGCGUCAAAGUUUACGGUGCUAAAGGAUUAGCGGCUGCGGAUUUGGGUGGCAAAUCGGAUCCAUUUUGUGUACUAGAACUUGGAAAUGCCAGGCUACAAACGCAUACUGAGUACAAAACUUUAGCACCGAAUUGGAUGAAGAUAUUCACUUUCACAGUUAAGGACAUAAGUUCUAUCCUAGAACUUACAGUGUAUGAUGAAGACCAUGAUCAUAAAGUUGAGUUCUUAGGGAAAUUAGCAGUACCACUGCUAAAUAUUAGAAAUGGAGAAAAGAGGUGGUAUGCUCUAAAGGACAAAAAAAUGAGAGCCCGAGCAAAAGGAAACUAUCCACAAAUACAAUUAGAGAUGACUGUAAUUUGGAAUCCGUUAAAAGCAGCAAUCAGAGUUGUAAAUCCAAAAGAACCAAAAUACAUGCACCAAGAAGCUAAAUUUAAGAGACAGUUGUUUAUUAGAAAUGUUAUGAGGUUAAAAGCUAUUAUAAUGUGGUUCAUUGAAGUUGGGAAAAUAUUACAAGACUGUUUUGAAUGGGAGUCAAGAAUCCGAUCAUUCUUUGGGCUCUUGGUUUGGCUUGCAUUCUGUUAUUAUUAUGAAAUGUGGAUGUUGCCGUUUCUUAUUCUCGUCUUCUUUACUAGAAAUUGGCUCAUCUAUAGACUGACAGUUCCGUUAAAACCCAUCCCACGAAAAUCACAGAGUAGUUCAUGGACAUGCCUAUCCAUUUUUCGUAGAGGCAAUCCUUUACUAGUACCGGUUGAUGACGAAGAUUUGCUAGCAGAAGAAGACGAUGAAGAUGAUGGUGAUAAGGAGGAAAAAAAAUCUUUAAAAGAAAGACUGCAGGCAAUUCAAGAAGUUACACAGACUGUGCAAAAUGCUAUUGGAUACGUUGCAUCUUUAGGAGAAGCUGUUAAAAACUUAAUGAAUUUCACAGUGCCAUAUCUGAGUUAUAUAGCAAUAAUAAUGUUGUUUGGAGCAAUGUUAGUUCUGUAUGUAAUACCAUUAAGGUAUCUUUUAAUGGCGUGGGGUAUUAAUAAGUUUACUCGAAAGAUUUUAAGACCACACACGAUACCAAACAACGAAGUCUUAGACUUACUUUCGAGGAUACCAGACGAUGAAACACUUUUGGACUGCCGAGAGCUAAAACCACACCCUCCGAGUGAACACCGACGGGAUGCAAGAAAGAAACACAAAGUGUCGUAACACAGUCCGUUAACGAUCCGGGAAAGGAUCAGACGUUUUAUUUCUAAGGCAACUAGUACGAAAAACAACAAGGAAUAACUUAGCUAUCCGAUCGACUUGCCAAACAGUUAAAAGUGAUGAUAAACCCAUUGUGAUUUUCCCUAUCCAUAUCUUAAAUAGCAAGCAAGAUAUUAUAGAUUUUAUAUUUAAAAGACUUUCAUGAACGGAUUACUCUGGUGAAAGCUACUUAAAAAAAGAUUGCAAUAUAAUAUUGUUGUUUUUAAAACCGUGUAAUAAUAAUAUGAUACAUUGUACCUAUUUAUAAACUAUGACUAUCAUAAUAAUUUGCACAAUGUUCAUGAAAAUUGGGCAGGUUCCAUUUGUCCACAAAUUCCAUAAUCAUUAAGUACAUGAAUUAAAAAAAGAAUCCAUAUUUUUGUUACAAAAAUAAUUACAAACAUUAUUUUUAAGGUUUUCCUAUAUUUUGUGUGCUUGAUUGUAGCUGGAGGCGUUCAGAUUGUGGUAAUAAACUGUGAUUCUGAAAGAUCUAAUGCUAAAUUAAUUAUUGAAUUAAUUGUAGCAGUCAACAUGACACCAACUACUGAUAAGGUUAGGAUAAUAAAAGCUGCUAUGGAGUAUGGUCCAAUAAUACCUAUCUAUGCGCCAUGAACAAAUAACACAGUAAGUGAGAUAGUUUGCUAGAAAAAUAACAAAUUUAACUAAUUUUCGUCCUCUAUUGAAAACCUCCAUAGCGCUCUGAAGUAUAAAAUUAUAAAUGCAUGUAAGUCCCAAUGUAAAAAAGCAUUUUACUGUAAAAAUUAGAUAGGAUUUUUAAAAUGCAAUUUUGUAUUGAAUACCUGUAUUGUUACAUUAUUGUUAAGUUUACUAAAAUAUGAGAUGAAACUUUUUAUUAUUUAGUUUAGUGCUAAUAUUUUAUAAGUAGGUUUAGUCCGUUCCUCAACACAUUAACAAUCAAAAAUAUUAAUAACACACAAUAGUAUAAGACUGAGACCAAUCUCAUUUGUAGCUAAAAUAAAUUACAAGGUAGAUAGGAAAUAAUUAAUUGUAAAUACUAAAAUAAAUAAGAAUGUACAUUUUAUUCUGAAUUUAAGCGAUUACUGUGGGCUUUUUCCAUUCCAAUUAUCAUAUUGUUAAAUUAUUAUGUACCUAUUAUAAAAUAGCUUUAGUAUAUUGUAUAAAAUAAUCACUAUUUACCGAUAUUAAUUUCCUGUUCAAGCUAAAAAAUCUUAUAAUUUUUUUAUAAGCUCUAGCAAAAAUUCAGUCUUGUAUCUUCAUUUUGCAAAGAUUUUCAUUCAGGUAAUUCUUUAUUCUAAAACCGUUUACUUAAAUACUAAUCUAGUAUGAACUAAACUGUAAAAAGUACUCAAUCAAGUUACUUAUUAUAAUGUCAAUCUUAUCUACUUUUUUUCUAAAGUACUUCCUUACUAAAUUUUCAAAAUCAACAUCUUUUAGAUAUUAUCAUUCACUUAUCUUAAUGAUAGAUCUAAGCAUUUGUAAAUUCUAGUCAAUUGCUUCUUUCUGAAGCUAUGUUCCUGGAAAUAUUUUUACUAUUUUACACAAUUUUGGUUACGCGCACAGCUUAGUGUAUCACUCUAUUGAUUCAAGCACUCUUGCACAUGACUUUAUAGAUAGUAUAGUAUCAGUAACAGCCGCAUAAAAUGUGAUAUUUAUAAAACAUAAUGUUGAAAUUAGUAAUUAUCAUAAAUGAUAAAAUGUUUGUUAGUUAAAUAUAAUAAAACAAAAUAAUGUGUUUCCAAACAUUGGCGUUCUAUCUCGUUUUUAUUGAGUUUUCUGUUAACUUUAAGAAAUUAUCCACUAUAAUGAUUAUGGUGUUAACCUAUUUGAAUCUAAUAUUGAAUCUUUAAAAUGCAGCUAAAAAUAUUUAAAAUGAAUUGUUAUUAAGUUGUUAAUGUAUCAACUAUGUCGAAGCUUCUUUUUAUUAAAGGAAAUAAUAUUAUUAAUUGUUUUGGGACAAGUUUAAAAUCGUAUAUUGUUGAACUAAAAGUUUAACUUGCCUACCGACUCAUUUUUAAAUUGAUUGUACCAUUGCUCUUCCUUUAUUCAUAAGUCUUCCCUGUUUAUGUGUAAUCAGAUUUACUUAGGCACUAAUGCAGUCAUUCAUCAUCAUCAUCAUCAUCAUUUCAGCCACAGGACGUCCACUGCUGAACAUAGGCCUCCCCCAAUGACUUCCACAUCGCACGGUUGGUAGCGGCCUGCAUCCAGCGCCUUCCCGCUACCUUUAUCAGGCGACCUGAUGCAGUCAUUGAUUUUAUUCAAAUCUCAUUUCAUCGUGUUUAGCUUUUUGCUUCAUUCACAAAUUUUCACAAAAAAUAUUUUUCAUCAAUAUUUUUUUACAUUGUGAACUAGUUACAUUAACUUUCAAAUUCUCAAAUCUUCCAAUUCAAUGCCAUUGUUUUAGAUAAGUAAGUUUAAAUAGCACAAAAAGUGAUGAACAAUGUUAACGCUUUCAUAUUUUAAAAUAUUAAAAGUGAUAAAAUUUAUAA